CUUACUAGAAAUGUGUAUCAUUGUGAAUAUAGAGUACGGCCACACUUUUACUGUUCGCGUCUAAUUUAUCUAGAAAUGUGUGAAAUUUGUUAAUUUUCUUCGAUUUACUAAAAAACAGAAAUGCCGCCGACUAUAAACAAUUCGGCAGUCAAUAGUGCCGCCGAAAAGCGACCACAGCGCCAAACAGAACGCAAAUCUGAAAUAAUUUGCCGCGUUAAAUACGGCAAUAAUCUACCGGAUAUACCAUUCGAUCUGAAGUUUCUGCAGUAUCCUUUUGACAGCAAUCGUUUUGUGCAGUAUAAUCCCACAUCGCUGGAACGGAAUUUCAAAUACGAUGUACUGACUGAACACGAUUUGGGUGUCACAGUAGAUCUUAUCAAUCGGGAUCUAUACCAGGCCGAUCCCAUGUCCCAAUUGGAUCCGGCAGAUGAAAAACUGCUGGAAGAAGAGACAUUGACACCAACAGAUUCGGUGCGCUCUCGACAACAUUCGCGCACUGUGUCCUGGUUGCGAAAAUCCGAGUAUAUUUCUACUGAGCAAACGCGCUUCCAGCCGCAGAACCUGGAGAAUAUUGAGGCCAAGGUUGGCUACAAUGUGAAAAAAUCGUUGCGCGAGGAGACCCUAUAUCUGGAUCGCGAUGCUCAAAUCAAGGCCAUCGAAAAGACAUUUAGUGAUACCAAGAACGACAUUACCAAGCACUACUCCAAGCCAAAUGUGGUGCCGGUUGAGGUUCUACCCAUAUUCCCCGACUUUACCAAUUGGAAGUAUCCAUGUGCUCAAGUCAUCUUCGACAGCGAUCCAGCACCACAGGGCAAAAAUGUGCCCGCGCAGCUGGAGGAGAUGUCGCAGGCCAUGAUUCGUGGUGUGAUGGACGAGAGUGGAGAACAGUUUGUCGCCUACUUUCUGCCCACAGAGCCAACAUUGGAAAAGCGUCGUACAGAUUUCGUGGCCGGCGAACUCUACAAGGACGAUGAGGAGUAUGAAUAUAAAAUUGCACGAGAAUACAAUUGGAAUGUCAAGACAAAAGCAUCCAAGGGCUAUGAGGAGAAUUACUUCUUUGUCAUGCGACAAGAUGGCAUCUACUACAACGAGUUGGAGACACGUGUGCGUCUUAACAAGCGCCGCGUCAAAGUCGGCCAGCAACCCAACAACACGAAACUGGUGGUUAAGCAUCGACCACUGGACGCAAUGGAGCAUCGCAUGCAACGCUAUCGAGAACGCCAGCUGGAGGUUCCUGGUGAAGAGGAGGAAGAGGAAGACGAUGAAGAAAUGGAAGUCGAUGACCAGCAAAUGCAGCCAGCGGCUGUGCAGGAAAAGCCAGCAGCAGAGAACACAGUCAAAUCAAAGAUUCCUUCUGAUGAUGUAGCACCUGCUGGCAACACCACACCUGUCCCAGAUGCACAGCAGCAACGCGAACGACAGUCACGCUCCAGAACCCACUCUGGUGGCACUCGUUCGCGCACGCGUAGUGGCAGCGGCAGUGGCAGUGCAGCCAGCGGUUCGCGCAGUCGCAGCCGCUCUAGCUCGGCCAGCGGCUCUGCCUCACGUGCCAGCAGCCGAUCCAAAUCAGGAACACGCUCACCAAGUGGCUCACGUUCACGCUCUCAAACGCCAGCUGGCUCACAUAAGUCCCGCAGUCGCAGUCGAUCCAAAUCGAAAUCGCAAUCAAAAUCCAAAUCCAAAUCAAAGUCGCGCAGUCGUAGUCGCAGUGCAUCCGGAUCGCGUUCUGGCUCAGUCUCACACUCGCCAAGCCGCUCACGCAGCGCUACUCCUAGCGGCUCGGGCUCCAGCUCUGGCAGCGCUAGCGAAGAAGAAUAAACUAAACGUAAUCUUCUGCAUGUAAUUUACGAGUAAUACACAAAAUGUACACAAAAUAAAAACAACAAA